AUGGACAUUCAGAGCAAGCAACCUCUAAGGAUGACGGCCAGGAACCCGGAAAGAGCAAGGAUUGCGGUGCCUUCUCUAUUGAAAGCCUUCUCGCGGCCAGCCGAGUACCUCGCGGACGUCGACCAAAUGCGAAAUAUCCACGAGUACAGGCAUGCAAGAAUCUUUCGCCCUUCAUGCUGCCCUUGUUCCCGAUCACUCAGCCAGCUGGGAGGACGAUCAGAGAGUCGUCACCUCAACAUGGAACACAUUUGCAGCCGACAGCACCAUCACACACUUCACAGCAAUCGUCAAGGGACCAACUGA